AGUGGAAUCAUUAUUUGAAGAUUUGAGAAGUAAUUUUCGCUGCCCUACGCCAUGGCUUCUGACGAACUGCGAGAAAAAGCAAAUUUUACAAGACUCAGUAGACUUUUAGUUGACAAAGGAACUGAGGCUUUGAGAAAUACAUUUGAUACCAUCCAUCCAUCUGUUAGUCUACCUGGAGUACUGGCUACAAACAAAACAUCUCUUCAAAAGUUAAAACCUCGAGUUAUUAAUAAUUCCCAGUGGGAUUUACUGUUUCCUCCGUCUGGCAACCCACCAGAUUCGAAAACCUUUGAUGUCACGUUGCUUACAGUUCUAUUCCGGAACAUUUGUGGUUUUCCAUCAACAGGAUGGUGUGUAAUGCCUCCGGAUACAGAUAGGUCACAGCAAGCGAAUAUCGCAAGAAUCAAGUGUUACAGAAAUGAAGUUAUUGCACAUGUAACAACAACUCGAGUUGACAAUUCAAGAUUUGAGUCUUUAUGGAAGAAAAUCUCCCAGGCGAUAGUAGAAUUGGGCGUUUUACAGAGUGAUGUCGACGAUUUAAAAAAAUGUCCUGUUGGGCCUGGAGAAGAAGUGUAUGUGCAAAAGCUUAAAGAUUGGAAACUGCACGAAGAUGAGUGUAUUAAAUUGCUUAAAGUAAUUGAAGUUCGUGUAAAUAAUGUAACACAAGUCGCUGAAGAGAUGCGCGAUGCAGUAAAUGAAAUGCGCCAGUCAUUGGCCAAGCGUGCGCUAUCAAUACCCAGGGACACCAUUCCUGAAAAAAAAUCUCGCAUGGAAAGUGAUGAAGAUUUAUUGCGAAAACUUGCUAAGCAUAAUUUUAAGAGUAAAAUUAAAAAAAAAGUGAAUUUUUUCCUUCCUGGAACAAGAGAGUGGUUGUUAAGGGAAGUUAACGAGUGGUUUCAAAUGUGUGAGAAUGAUUCGAGAGUAAAGUUAAUAACAGCUGGACCAGGAUUUGGUAAAAGCGUUUUUGCUGCUAAAAUCUGUGAAGAUUUUAAGAAGAAUGGAAAACUGUCUGCUUGUCACUUUUGUGAUUUCAGUGAUUCAAACUUAAGAGUUCCUAUGAUGAUGCUACAGUCUCUCGCAAGUCAGAUGUGUGAGAAUGUCCCUGGUUUUAAAGAGAUGCUUCUUGAUCAGUUAAAGCGACCUCAUCAAGUCCAAAACCUCAAAGAUGCCUUCCAAAUAUAUUUGCAAAAUCCCUUAGAUGAAUUGGAAAUAAAAGAGCCACGUUUAGUCGUGAUCGAUGGCUUGGAUGAAAGUGCAGCAGAUAAUAAGAAUGAAAUUACGCAUUUGAUUGCUGAAUAUUUUCCUGAUCUUCCCGAGUACAUAAAAAUCUUGGUGACGAGCAGGCCAGAGAUUUCCGUUGCUGAUCUAAGACUAAGAGAUGAUCAAAAGACGGACAUUGCCAAUGUUCAUGACAACAAUAACUCAGAUCUGGAACUUUAUUUUGAAAAAUGUUUUCCAAGUUUAGUUGGCAGGGAAGUGGAUAAAAGGGAGAUGAGCCAAGAUUUCUAUAAGGAUCAUCCAUAUCUAUCAUCUCAUCACCGCUUUUGGCAAAAUAAAACUAUUAGUUUACUUUCCAUUUUUGUUGCCAAAUGCCAAGGCUCAUUUCUCUAUGCAUAUCACUUUCAAUCUGGGCUAAGGGCUCGCUAUGAUCUUGAGAAGAUAACAAAUAAUGAUGUCAUAGAGUUUCUCCCAGAAGGUCUGCAUUCUGUUUACGAACGAUAUUUUAAACGCCUUGAAGACGAGCUUAACGCCAUAAAACACGAAAAGUUCGAUGUCUUGAAUAUUUUGGCAAUGCUGGUUGCUUCCGAAGAAGAUCUUCCCCUCACUUUCGUCGCUCAGGCUUUUGGUUUAGCUCCAGAUUGUCGCGAAACGAAAGACAUCAUCAAAAAAAUUAAUGAAACCGUAUCGUGCUUGUUGUACGUUUCAGAUGACAGGUUAACCGUUUUUCAUAAAUCCUUUAUUGAUUGGCUUUUAGCAAAGGGCUACAAAGAUCACCAGUAUACUGUCAAGGUCGAUGAUGGACAUAGAUCGCUUUGGCUUUUAUGCAAGAAGGUUUUUAAAGAAAUUAAAGAUAAAGGUGUUCGCUCGGGACUUGAGCUGAAGCUUACUAAUGACGUGGAAUACGCUCUGAAACAUGGUUUAAAUCAUCUAGAAAAGUGUGAAAUGGAGGAAGGUGUGUUUUGGUCAGUUGAUGUUAUUAUCGUAUGUUAUAUGUUAACUGUAAUCCAUUCAUAUGAAUUGCGGCGUUUCUGGCGCAAAUUACUCCAAAGUUCUUGGAUUAAAAACGAAGAUUUACGUGCCCGUAUUUCGUACCAUGUCAUUGAAUUUGGCUCUUUUGAUCUUGCCCUGAUUCCCGCGGGGCUGCAUCACAGACAUUCAAAACAAGUUUUUUCGACAGUAUAUUCACAAUGUUAUUUACAAGCGGUUCUUACAUAUCCUCCAGAAGGUUAUUUUAGCGAUGAUGAGAAGAAAAUCGCGGAGACGCUACUCUCAAACGUUACACCUUUUGUCGAGUCGAAUUCUUACGAAGUUUCGGUUUUACCGCGAGCAGUCUGGAUUCACAGUGACUUGGGUAAUAUUAAAGCUGUUGCUUUAUCUAACGAUGAGAAAAGUGUAGCAGUUGUAACAGAGAAUAUUAUCCGUGUGAUAUCCCUACCAACUUUAGUUGAAAUUAUGAGUUAUUCAACAAAAUUGGUAAACAUUUCAUGCUGUACAUUUUCUCCAGACGAUUCGCUCAUAUUAUUUGGUAAACUGGAAACGGCGUUUAACAUUGCUGAAAGAAAGGAAGUUCCAUUUUUCCUUGGAAAUGCAGAGACAUUCGAGACCUGUGGAUUUUCUCCUAACGGAAAAAGACUGCGCCACAGGGUCAUUUAUUAUUGGAAAUUCAGAAUUUUCAUCUUAUCCGCGUUAUUCGUUUUGUGUUUGAAACGCCAUCACAUUGCAAAGAAGUGA